GGGGAUCCAUGACCAGUGAUUGCAUUCUAUUCGUGAUAUUCCAUAGUAGCAGAUCAAAUAUCAGGCCGGCAAUCAACAGGCAGCCUACUCGAGCAGUUAGUGUGUCAGUCAGUCAGUCAGUUGCUCUAUGCGCGGUAGUGAGCAGCCAUACUUUAGUUCUAGUAACUAUUUACUCUGACUUAGCUUAUCCAUUGCCCCUUGACGCCAGUCGUCAAAGAAAGCCUAAGCGCUCAUCAAGUACCAAGUGCUCGUUGUCGUUGUCGUGAUCGUCAGGCAGUCAGUUUUUCUGACAAUUAUUAAGUAAAUGGAAAGAAAUUAAAAUAAUCAAAUUAAAUUCAAGACGUAAAAGACCGCUAAGUAAUUUCUUAAAAAAAAGUGUAUUUUUUUUAUUCAAAGCCACACGGUGCGGACAAGCAUCAUCAUUCAGUGCGUUCGUUUGUGGAUUUCUGUGAAUGUGAAAAAAAUAAUGGAAAAUAAAGUCAUUUGAAAAAAAAAUCGUUCUAUGCAACAGAGUCAAUAAUACAGUGCGUGGGAAAUUCUGAAAAAUAUUGAAAUAAAAAAAAAUUGGAAAUUUUCAGAAACAAAAUGCAAAAAUGUUGCUCUGAUAGUUUUGACUUCGCUUAAAAACACUAGCCCUGUUUAGUAAAGUGCAUAAGGCCUCAUAAAGUGUUAAAAGGAAUACGUUAUUUCUAAAAACGAAAAUAAAAAAGUAUUAUCUUGCCCAUCUAAUAGAAUAAUCUCGUCUUUGUCAAAAUGUCUAAUGUAGAGGCACGUUCUGUUUUGUGGUAUUUGGUGUUUAUUGGUUUCGCUGUCAAUUACAUGAUACGCAUCAAUCUAAAUAUCACAAUUGUGGAGAUGGUGACUAGUUCCAAAAGCAAAUCGGCCGCAACACAAGCGCCACCACCUCUAGCAGCCCUAGCAGAAUUAUCAGCAUCGUUAUCGGGAGAAACCCAUACUAAUGGCGAUUAUGAGUCGAUGAAUGUGACGCAGUCAGCAAAGCUUAUGACCGAAGACGAAGAAGCUGUGCAGAGACAACAUUCUUCCGGGCCUACAAUGAAUGGAGAAGAUAACGACGGUGUGGUGCAGCAACUGGUGACGAAUGCAUCUAGGCUUUACAGUGAUGACGAAGAAGGCUUCGAUUGGAAUGAAUACCAACAGGGUUUGGUAUUGGGUUCAUUUUUCUGGGCCCAUUGGGUUACCCAGAUACCCGGUGGCAUUUUGGCUAGAAAAUAUGGCACUAAAUUGGUAUUUGGUCUAUCCAAUGCCAUAGGAUGCUGGAUGUGCUUUUUUAUACCUACUGUUUCGUAUUGGGAUUUUAGAGCCUUAAUCAUAUUGCGAGUCAUCCAAGGUCUAAUAACGGGUUUGGCUUGGCCAGCUAUGCAUGUGCUUACCGCCAAAUGGAUACCGCCCAAUGAGAGAAGUAAAUUUGUCACCGCCUAUUUGGGUAGUUCUGUGGGUAUUGCGGUGUUUUAUCCCUGCUUUGGCUAUGUCAUGCAUUGGACUUCUUGGGUUUGGGUUUAUCACCUUUGUGGCAUUAUAGGCUCUGUAUGGUGGUUGGGUUGGUUGUUCUUUGUCUAUGAUACCCCGGCUCAACAUCCCCGCAUAAGUGAAUCGGAACUGAGAUAUAUUGAAAAGUCAUUGGGUGCCUCGGUUCAAAAUUCACCUACAGCUGGUACUCCAUGGUUGCAAAUUUUAACCUCAAAACCUGUUUGGAUGAAUUGUAUAGCCCAAUGGGGUGGAAUAUGGGGUCUGUUUACUAUGAUGACACAGGCUCCAACAUAUUUCCGUGUUAUACACAAUUGGAAUAUAAGGGCGACUGGCUUAUUGUCCGGCUUGCCUCAUUUGGUGCGCAUGAUUUUCGCUUACGUCUUUUCCUUAUUUGCCGACUAUCUCCUACGUACUGAGAAGAUGAGCCGCACAAAUGUAAGGAAAUUGGCUACUGUUAUAAGUUGCAUUCUUAAUGGCUUAACGGUUGUGGCUUUGGCUUACUUCGGUCACAAUGCGACAGCUGCCAUUGUCUUUCUAACCAUGGCUACCAUGUUACAUGGGGCAGUAUCAUCGGGAGCCUUAGCUUCUAUUGUGGAUAUAUCACCGAAUUUCGCAGGCAUUGUUUUGGGUAUCAGUGGCAUGAUAGGAGUACUGCCCGGCUUCAUAUCACCCUACAUUGUGGGCGUUUUGACAUUGGGAAAUCAAACCUUUGAAUCUUGGAAACAUGUAUUCCUUAUAUGUGCGGCCAUGUUAAUAGGCAGCGGCAUUCUUUAUGUGCUCUUCGCCGACUCGACAUUGCAAAAAUGGAAUGACUACAGCUCGCUGAGGGAUGACAAAGAACUGGUGCAUUUGAACAAGGAAAAGGAAGUUUUAAAGGAGCAACAAACGAGGGAGGAAUAUCUUAAGACUGAGAAGAAGCAAGGCAGUGAUCAACAAAAAGAUUAGAGUUUAUGACUUAUAGCACGUAAUGAAAGGAUUUCAGGUGUAUUUUUUUGUUGUUUGCAUUGUUUAAUUUUUUUUUUAGUUUGUAUUCAUAGAAAUUUAGUAGAGUAGUUAUUAUUUUCUUUUGUGAUAUUUAUGGUAUUUUAGAGUGUUUAUAAAAGCACAAGUGUGCUCAUUCUAGCAGCUCAUGUGGCAAAUAAAUGUUCUGCUUAUUAAAAACCAUACAAAAAAGGAGUAAACAA